AAUCCCUACACUAUGCCAACAUUAAGCACUUACAAAACCACAAAUAAAUCAGUGAGUAAUUGUUUUGUUAAUGGCCUGAAUGUUGACAACAUACACGACAAUUCGUCUUCGUUGUUUUGUGCAGAUACCAGAACAAAAAUCGCAGAGAACAUUUCCUUAACAUGGUCACUGCACGAUGGUCCGUUGUUUACUUUUGUUUUACGGCAGGGUGUGGUGGACAAGCGUGAUUAUCGCUUUUUCAACACGUUCCGUUACUACUGAUUAUUUUAGCUGCCCUAAAGGUUGGGUCCGAUUUCUGGACAGAUGUUACCUAUUCAGCAAGGUCAGGGCUACAUGGGCAUCUUCCUCGUACUUGUGCGCUGAAUUUGGGGGAACUCUGGCUCACUUGGAGACGAAGAGAGAAAGUGAUUUUUUGGAAAAUGUUGUGUUCAAUAAAGCUUAUGUUGGAUGUAUCAACGACAAGUCGGAUCGGCUACUAGAUGGGGAUUUUCAUUACAGCAGAGGCAUGACAAAUCAAAAGUGUUUACAAAAGUGUAGACAAAAUUAUUACACGUUUUCAGGAACACAGUAUUAUGGGCAGUGUUUCUGUGGGAACGUGACCUGGACUAGCGUUCAGAAUUAUGGCUCGUCCCCAGAGAACGACUGCAGGCUCCCUUGUUAUGGCGACAAACAGGACUGGUGCGGAGGACACUGGAAAUUAUCUGUUUAUUUAACAGGUGUGUCAACUAAAACUUCUUGUCAUUUUUGUAUAUCUAUUGUUGAUAAAGUCCAUUUUGGCUACGUGUGA